AUGGCUAGCAGUCAUGAAGUACUUAGCCGUAUGCAUGGCACUACUUUCUUCUCCCUCUCCCUCUUCUGCUUUCUACUUAUUAUCGCCAUGGCUGAGAGAUCAUCGGUCCAAGCUCAUCUCAACAACACCAAUAUCUCAUCAUCUCCUGCAAGAUCGAGGGAUUCUGAUCAAGAAAACCCAAAGAGAGAAGGUGUUGAUGAUAGUAUUUCUUCUUCAUCUUCCUCAUCCAUAUCAAUGGGUAGAAAGGGAAGGGUUCAUAAUAACAACAACAUUGAUGGGUCAUCACCAUCUUCUUCAUUUUCUUGGAGAGAAGGCAGAUCCUUGAAUGCUAGUGCCCAUGCAGUUCCCAGUGGUCCAAACCCUAUUUCCAAUAGGUAA